AUGGGCUUUCAUGCAGAGCCUCCGAUGCCCCAGUCUCCGCUCAUCUGCACAUUCGGGGACUCGACAAGCGCGGCCACGGUGGCGCCGGAAGACGGACUCUGCGAUUACACCUUCUUCGACUCUCUGCAGAAGCAAGGCGGCAGCAAGCUGGCUGGGCCAUUCAAGCAGGGCUUCGAGCGAUUCCUCGCAAUAACAGCGAGGCAUAGCAAGACUGAGUACGGCGUCGGCUUAGACUAUGGUGCCCUGGGAGAACUGCAGGUGCUGGUUGAAAAACGAACCGCGAAAGACCACCUGGACAACAUGUUCAGUCGUAAGCUCUACCACUUCGGCUUUGUGAACACCGCCUUCUACUAUUUCAACUAUGAUCAGCUUGAAUCUAUGCUGAAAGUGCUAAAGAAAGUAUCUGAUCUGAUGGACGACAGGAGAAGUCCCACGAGACCCAUCUACACUGUAAUCGCGGUUGCUCUGAUCUCCACUGGCUGGGUCGACGCAGCAGUGAACGAAUUCAGGAGAACGUUCACGCCGGACGCCCUAGUGUCGGUGGGACACUACUUCAGCGAGGACAAAAACUUCGUGGGAUGCCUUGCCGUGCCUCCCACGCUCCUAGACAUGCCGCCGAGCGAGGACUACUACUACAGCUUGAAUACCGCCCACGAGGCAGUCAAGAUGGUGGACAACAAGCUCCCCAACAUGACCAAGGUCGUGUCCGUGGCGAUGUUCGGUCGCUGGUACAGGCCAUUGUACCCGGAUCCGGAGGUUGUCGACAAGCCUGGAAAUUAUUCACCGCUGCAGGCCUGCUCGAUGAUCCCAGAAAACCAAAUUGGCAACAUCGCAGACGUGUGCAUAAACCCCACGUACACGGCAUCUUAUCAUGACAACGAAAGCCAAUCUCAAGUUGUUUACAGCAAGAAGACGGAAAGAAUGUUUAUUUACGACGACAGCACGUCCUUCCGCAGCAAGCUUUGCCACUGCAAGAGUCGAGCGAAGUCGCUGCGAUAUGGUUUGGCUGCUUACAACCUCGACUGCGCGGACGGAGCCAACCGCUGCUUACUUGGCAGUUAUCCUCGACUGCGAACACUGAGGAACCUGCUCAUCAUCUUCGAGCAAACGUUCUCGUCGUCCACUGACAUGGACGCGUGUGUCAGGAACCAGUGA